GUCGUCAGUUCCGUGCUCGGCCUCUCCUCAGACAACAACGAGUACAAUGAGCACCAUGGAGGCUGCAGCAAGUCUGUUUGGGUCCUCAGACUCUGGCUCAGACCUGGAUUUUUUAACUGCGCCAGAGGGAGCGAAUAGCGCGUCAGACUCUCCCGCCGGAACGGGUGCCGCUACCAGCAAUGAACUGUUUGCGAGUCAGGACUCCUCGAGUCUGUUUGACAACGGAAGCGCUGGUGCAGAGCAUUCGCUUUUUGAGGCAAGGAACGAAGCACACGCGCAUGUGCAUGAGCACAACAGCACACACUUCACGCAGGCUGAAGCAUAUCCGUCAGAGAAUGCGAAUGGGUAUAGACAGGAUGCUCAGUCCGACUAUAAUUCUGACGGAGCCGGAUACGGGAGUAUUGACGAGGGCUGGUUUGAUGAACAUGGUCAAUGGCAUACUUUUGACCAGUUGGAAACGACCGCCAGUACCGGUAUUGAUGCAUCUUCUAACACCGCAGAGCACCACGCUGGUGCUACAAAUGCGAGCCCUUACGCUGGCUACAGCGCAGCAGGUUCACAGUAUGGUACACAAUCUGCUAGCACGCCAUCCACGUAUGCAUAUCAGCCGGAUUCGAACUACGUUCCGCAAUCGACUUCGGCUUACGAUACGUACAAACCGGCCACCCCAACGGUACAGCAGCAAUCGUACGCGUCUGGUUAUAAUUCGUCCGCGACUUCCCAUGAUCCGUACAAACCGUCGGGAUUCGGCUCACAACAAGCCCCAACGUCAACCUAUACAGCGCCAACAGUACCUCCAUAUGAUUCGUAUAGACCUUCUGCAUCUCACACAUAUUCAACGCCUGCUGCUCCUCCCUCGGCGGUUCCUCAAUCAAAUAGGUCUGUGUCUAGCGGAGGUUUAAUGUCACCAGCAACUUCAGUAGACACUUCGAAGCCACCAGCAUCAAUAUAUCGUCCGACUACUGCCAAUGCUUAUGACCCUCCACUUCCUCCUGUCAAGCCGAAGAAGUCUAUGGCGGCAAAUGCUUUACAAUUUCAAAGCAGUUCGUACAGUCCACAAGGCGUCUCGUCCCCACUUCUUUCCCCUGCUCGAUCAGCUUUUUCACCUCCUGCUGGAAACUCGACUUUUUCUCCCGGCCCGCCGCCUCGUUCUACCGUGCGUUCACCUCCGAAGGCGCCUGGUGUAUCAUAUGCACAACCUGCGUCCACCGUCGAACGCUCGGCUUCGCCUUACGAUCCGCCGCUCGCACGUCAGCCCGAACCUCCAAAACCCCAUGCUUUUGACACGUAUAAUCGUGCUGGACCUCCCCAGAUUAAUGGCCAACAUGAGGGUUCAGGCCCGUAUGGGCGUCCCGAACUUGGCGUGCAAAACAUGAAUUACUCAUCUGAUAAUACUCACAGUUCACAGGAGUAUGGUGGACUAUCGAGUGGGUUUACACCCAACUAUGACAACAGUUCUCAGUUUUCAGGACAUGACGCAGCUGAUAGAACGAUCGUUCAGAGUAAUAUUUCUCAAGGGCAGCAUUCGGCUCACUCGGGGCAAUAUACUUAUUCGCCCUCGUCCGAUUCCAAGCGCUCAUCUCAGGAUCAACACAGAACGUCUUCGAGACCAAUAUCUCCUGAAUCCCACGCUAGCCCUAAAGAGAUGCAUCAUAGUCCGCCAAUAGAAAGGCAUGCUCGAAUGUCACCAGACGUUGCUUCUCGUUCUGGUGGAUCCCAAUACACCAUUUCCCCAGUCAGCGAGUCGGGCCAAUCCUACACUGGUUCCUUAGGUAGAGGUUCUCCAGUCAAUAGUCGUGCAGGAACUAUGUUGGUUGGCCAAUCUUUCUCUACGCUGGACAAAGAGACACAUAGUGAACCUUACACACUCUCCACUCAAGUGAGGCAACAGCCAGAUGCUUUGCCUUACACUGCAAGCAACUACAAUGUGCUGGCAGCUGCACCGUCAUUUACUACCUUUGCUGACGCUCCCGGUCGUACGUCCUUUGAGACGUCUUACUCUCCACCGCCGGUCAAUGGUCCCUAUGCUCCGUCACCAUCACUAUUAGGCACGAACGAUCCUUUAGGGAGAGCAAGUGCCAAGGUUCCUGUUAUAAGCUUUGGCUUUGGAGGAAAGCUUGUCACUUGCUUCCAUUCUCCCCCUGUAUUGGACACUGGUUUUGAUGUUGCCCUUUCGUCACGAAAAUGUACCGACGUUCAUAUUUGGAUACUUCAAAAAGCGAUUCCAGAGUCUGCUUUGGAUGCUUCUUCUGCUGUUUAUCCAGGUCCGUUGUUUGGCGACCCAGGGUCUCCAGUCUCGACAAUUGUACGAACGGCAACUUCGGCUAAUACUAAAGCGAAGACGAAGAAGGCAAAGGUCUUGACUUAUUUGUCUGAGCGGGCGGAAGAGAUUGAGAAAGGUCUUGGGUAUCUAACUGCUGGUAGUGUCGACAGACGACGAGCGGAGGGGAAGCUUACCUUGGUGAGGUUGUUGCGAGUCCUGGUAGAACACGACGGUCAGCUUCAUGAGAAUUCAGCCGCCGAAUCCGACGCGCGGGAAGCGUUGUUACCUCGGUUGGCCACUUCUCAAGAUGCUACAGGAUCCAAUGUAUACCUGAACGCACCGACUGGAGCGGCCUUGACUUCCGGAACGUUUGGCUCAGCUAAUAGCACUGAGAAGCCAUUGGCUGAAUAUGCCGUCCGCUCGUCCGCUCUUGAAGUUUUGCAGGAUUUCCUUCUACGUGGUGAGAAGAGAAAGGCUUACCAUUAUGCAUUGGAUGAAAGGAUGUGGGCACAUGCGAUGGUCAUUUCUAGUAGCAUAGAUAAAGAGGCUUUCAAAGAGGUCGUCAGCGAGUUUGUACGUACUGAAUUAGGCGUGAAGGCCGGAACUCGUCCAGAUGCGCACGUCACCAACGGCUACGAGAGCUUGCGGCUCGCGUACAGUCUCUAUUCAGGACAGUCUUCAUCUGCAGUGCAACACCUCGUCCCCACAAAGUCACUUCAAGCAGGUCCUUCCCUAACGAUUCAGCCUCCGACACCGAUGAAUCAUAUGACUCCGCUCUCACCAAAUUUCCCUUCGCCCUCACAAGCAACAAACAUCCCUCACGAGAUCCUUUCGCAGUGGCAAGAGUAUGCUGUGAUGCUUUUCUCUGGUCAAAUGGGCGUGGAGUCAUCGUCUGCUUUGACUACUUUGGGUGACUACCUUCUGAGUAACGACUGGGUGGAAGCUGCACACUGCUGCUAUCUCCUUGCCCCUCAGUCAUCUCCGAUAGGCGGCGUUGGAGCACCUUCUGUCAGGGUCGUCCUUGUCGGCGUUCAUAGUCCACAUCGCAAUGUACACUUUGCAGCCGAUCCAGACUCCUUCAUCUUUAGCGAGAUACUGGAGUUCGCAUUGUCGCUGCAUACACCUGCGAAAGGACAAGAGGCGUUCCCAGGCUUCCCUCACUUGCAAGUGUAUCGGCUUAUACGAGCCGUUCAGCUUGCCGAAAUGGGUCAAGUUGCCCUUGCAAAACGGUACUGCGAUGCAAUCACGGGCACCGCUUUCCGACCUUCUCCCUACUUGUCGCAGCUCUUCUCAGAUCAACUUAGAGAACUUUGUAAUCGUCUGAGUGGAGAUCCAGAGCUUGACAAAGCAAACUCCUGGAUUGGUGGGAAGAUAGCGAAACCGAGUCUUGAUGGCAUCGGCGACUGGAUAGGCGGCAGACUCUCCAAGUUCGUUGCUGGUGAAGCGGAGCCGUCUUCGCCCGUUGCGGGGGAACAUCCUAUGGCUCCUGCUUACUCCGGCGCGUUCUCGCAUUUCAGUAACAUUUCGUCUACAAACAAUUCUCGAGGAUCCUCUCCAGUGCCAGGUCUUGCUAACAACAGCGCCCCGCCAAGUACCGUGGCGGGAAGAAUAGCAGCUUCCUCUGUGACCGCUAACUCUACUUCUGCUUAUGCGCCUUAUAAUCGAGCAUCAUCUGCAAUGGGCCUUGAGAGACCUGACUCAAGGAAGAAUACUCCUCCGCCAUCAAGGGUGCUGUCUGCAGACGCGACUAAGACAUCAUUCGGACAAUCGCAGAGCCUGGCGCAAGCCGCGAACAGCUAUGGUUACGGUGAUUACGGUAAUGGACAUCACUUCGCAAAUGGAGACGCAAAUCAUCAAGAAGAGGUUAAUAAACCCGCAGAAGGAGGAGGUUGGUGGAGCGCAGCGUACGGAGGUGCUGACACUGCUACGCCUACCGCCACCGCAUUUUCGAAUGCAGAUCCGCAUGCUAUUGAGACUGAGUCUGGAGGAUCUGGAUUCAUAUCUCUGACGGACAACUACAACUCAUAUACACCAUCCCCUUCAACCAGCAAGAAAGGCGAUGAAAAUGACGAUUUUGACGAAGAGGACGCCUUAGGUCUCGGUAACUCAACUGCGAGGAAGAAAAAAGAAACACCGCAAGAAGACGAGGAUGGUUCAACGGAGGUAAAAGAGGAGGUGAAGAAGGAGGAACCCAAGAAGCCAGAUCCGAAACCUAAUGCUGCAAGCUCUUCCUCCUGGUUCGGACGGUUGUUCAGUCGACCAUCUUCAACAAAUCCAGGUCCUGUCAAAGCUAAAUUAGGCGAGGAGUCUUCCUUCUACUACGACAAGGAUUUGAAGAGAUGGGUGAACAAAAAUGCUGGUGCAGAGGCAGCAAAACCUGCAGCUCCUCCCCCUCCCCCGUCUAGGGCACAAACAGCCUCUCCUUCAAGGUCUAUGCAGCCUUCAAGCUCAGGACCUCCACCGGCUUCUCCAAUGCCGCCUCCAGGACGCCCAUUGUCAGCGAUAGAUAAAGGUUCAUCUGCUCCUCCGAAAAGGGAACUACAACGAGCACGUUCCAACCUCGUCCCAGUAGACGGCGCAGACUCUUCUGCUCCUCCAACUCCCACUGUAAUGUCUUCCUUUUCUGCACCACCACCUACUGGCAACAGGCCCAAAUCGGCGGCCAAGAAAAGUGUACGAAGUCGUUACGUUGACGUCUUCCAGCAACCUUCUUAAAACCAG